CAUUGGUUUGGCUGAACUAUUUUUUUCCUGGGCAUGAAGCUAAUAAAGAGAGGGGAGAUUGAUGCUGCACUGGGUAAACUUCGUGACUGGUAUCCCCAGAUUGUUCAGGAUGAUAAAUCAGCUACGUGCUUUCUUCUUCACUGUCAGAAGUUCAUUGAAUUGGUUCGUGUUGGGGCACUGGAGGAAGCUGUGAAGUAUGGAAGGAUUGAAUUGGCGAAGUUUUUUGGGAUGGCUGGGUUUGAGGAUUUUGUACAGGACUGCGUUGCCUUGUUGGCAUAUGAACAGCCACGGGAGUCAUCGGUUGGAUAUCUGCUUGAAGAGUCGCAGCGAGAAGUUGUGGCUGACACGGUGAACGCCAUGAUCUUGUCAACAAAUCCCAACUUGAAAGACUCACAUGGUUUCUUGCAAUCAUGUCUUGAGAGGUUACUGAGGCAGCUAACUGCUUGCUGCUUGGAGAGAAGGUCCUUAAACGGGGAUCAAGGUGAAGCUUUCCGUCUGCGCAGAGAACUGAACGUGGGUAAGACGUCCAAAUGCUAGGUCAUAUGUUGACCACUGCCUCCAUCUUCCCCAUGUUAAUAUAGCCAGUUGCAAGUGAUGAGAAUGGUUUUAGGGUAUGGUAUACUGUAUAGAGGCACCCUUGAUACUUAGGUGAUCCGCAGUAGUAAUGCCUUCAGUCCAUGGGGAGAAAUGGGAUGUUCUCUACAUACCUAUAAGCUUGUAACCUCACCAACUUUAUAGCUUGAACCAAAAAGUUUAAUUCAA